CAAUCGCGAGGUGCAGUCAUCCGUCGAAAGUACGACGUCCGCAGUAGUAACGGAAGGGAAGGACAGAGCUGACCUUGAAGCCCAGCGCACCUACAUGGCACCGCGGCGUCACGCCAACGGCGGCCACGGCGGCGGUGGCGGCCUCCUGGAGAACGGGGGCGUUGGCGUUGGCACCAACGAUCCCAUGGACAAUCUGCUGGGCCCGAGCCAGACGACGCGCUGCUGCACGCCGACCGGCGAGUGCCUGCGCGGUGACACCCUCAUCCGCCUCAACGCCCUUCACGAUGCGGUCAAGGUCACCUGUAAUAACGACAACUGCCCGAUCGGCCAGUUCAUGCACCGCGAGUGCUUCGACGCCUGGGAGCAGACGGUACUCACGUACCUGAAGAGCUGCGGCCGCGCCCGUAGCUGGUCCGAACGUCAACGUCAUCAGAAUCUGUGGACGAAGAAGGGCUACGAUCUCGCGUUCAAGGCGUGCGGCUGCCGCUGCGGCCGCGGCCAUCUGAAGAAGGACCUCGAUUGGAUGCCGCCCGGUCUCGGCAACGUGCCCGGCAACCGGCCCGACGAAAACGAGGCGAAGAAGAAGAAGCGGCGCAACCGUCAGAACACCAGGCCGAGCCUGGCCGUGUCGGCCGGCCCGCCGAAUCACGGCAACCACGUCGUCGCCGCGAACGGCCGCGGCACCAGCGAGGCGCAGAUGAUCGAGUCCGGCCGCGGCAGAGCCGGCUCCUUGUCAUCCAGCACCGGUUCCAGUUCGCCACCCGCCACGAGCGAGCCCAGCGUCAGUCCUCUUCAUCAGCCGCAGGCCAUCAUGAAGAAGAAGAGCAAGGUCGACUUUUUCAGCGAUCGCGCGAGACAAAGUUGCGGCGCCAACGGCAUCUUUUCGCGUCGUCUGGAUUUCAGCGCUUUCAACAGCCUGCCCCGCACCAAGUUGAACUCCUAUCAUAUUAAGAUGGAAGACGAGGGCAACCACGGCAACGACGAUACCAGAUGCUUCAUUUUAUCGACAUUGGCCGCUCUGCAGUGGUCUCGAGUUACAUGUGUCCUUUGUCGCGCUGCCAUGCUGGUUUUCGACAGGUAUCCGUUGGUAGACGGUACAUUCUUCUUGUCACCCAGACAACAUUCGCCUGCUUGCGCUGAGGUGAAGGUCGAAGGUCGCACACAAUUUUUGUCAGCUGUCUGCAUGAGUUGUUUGGAGGGCAGUGGCGGGCAGCCCGUACGCUGUCGUUUCUGCACCCAACCGUGGGAUGGCUCGAGCUUGGUUCUCGGAACCAUGUACAGCUACGAUAUCUUUGCUGCAAUGCCCUGCUGCAGCGAGCGACUCAAGUGCAACAGCUGCCAGAAACCCCUGAUCUACCCUCAUCAGCGACUGAACUUCUACUCGGACUACAGCCGCGUCUUCGGCUGCCCACACUGCAGGACGGUCGACGCCCACUUUGUGAAACCGCUCUCGGCCUGCUUCACCCGCGAGCAGUUUCAGCUCUACAGCCAGUGGCCGUAACCAUUAGAGAACUUAGCGAACCGCCGCCGUAUGCGCACGACCGCGGCUGACUUGUAUCCUCUCUUUUACAAGUCGAUCUCCCUGCUCCGGACGACCGUGCUCUAGAAUCCUCCCCUCGCGACCUGUAGGAGACUUGACGAUGGCGAACGCGCACGGGGGCCGCGAUCUUUCCUGGCGCGUGUUGUCGGCCGGAGAUCCACCGAUGUAUUAAUUCCUAUUAACUCGCCAAACGCUUUUAUUUCGGUCGACAGCUAGUGUUGUUUCUUCAUUAAUUCCUUAGGAAUCACUUUUUCUUUUAGCAGUCUAUUUUCUACACGAUGACGGUACGCGCGAGCCCCUUGGCGCAUUCCCGUAUAGUACAUAAAAUUUAAGAUAUUUCUUUUUAACGUCAAUUGUAGUUUGUUUGUCUAGAUUGAUCUUAAGCGGGAGACGUCGAAUUAUAUUGACGUUUCGUUUGACAAUG